AUGGACUCAACCUCCGCUGCUCAUUCCCAUCUUUCUGAAUUUGAGAUUUGGUGGAGGGACCACUAUAAUUUCCUCAAAGACAAGGGCUACAAGUUACGAAGUCGCUAUAGUCCGGAUUGGGUGCCCUCUUGGACGAACACCAACAAAGUUGACAUAAAUUGCGAGGAUGGAAUCAUGCCACGACAUUAUUCUUUGCUAGAUGCACGGCGCACUCAAGACGACGCUCGCGUAUCACUCAAACGUAUAGACGUAUCGCGACAUCCAUAUGAGAUAGAAAUCGGUCGCUAUUUCUGUAGCUCCCCUCUCAGCGAAGAUCCAGCCAACCAUUGCGUGCCAAUUUACGAUGUUUUGGAGGUACCCGGCGGCAAUCAUCUUGCGAUAAUUGUUAUGCCGUUACUUCGAGAUGCUACGGAUCCCUAUUUUGAUACUGUCGGAGAAGUUGUAGACUGCAUUCAUCAGCUCUUUGAGGGGCUGCGUUUCAUGCACAGACAUCACGUCGCUCACCGGGACUGCAUGCAGCUAAACAUACUGAUGGAUGGCAGCAUGUUCAUAGACGCAUGGCAUCCAAGCGACGAAUACAUGUCUGAGGACUUCAAACGCGUGGCCAGGCACCGCACACGCACGCAGUCUCCGCCGCGAUACUAUUACAUAGACUUUGGCAUCUCCCGCAAAUAUGAUGUGUCCAAUGCCAAUCCACUGGAAAUACCCAUAUACGGUGGAGAUAAAGGAGUGCCAGAGUUCGCGGAAGCCUACACCAAACCUUGGAACCCUUUCCCAACUGAUGUUUGGUAUCUUGGGCAUGCUAUCCAAGAAACAUUUCUCGACGUAAAGUGCAGCAGCGCUUCUCAUUUUUCAUACUCUGAUUUGGACACAAUAGCGCUACUCAGCGGUCUGGCAAUGGAUAUGAUGCACUCCGAUCCAGCACAACGUCCGAACAUGGACGAUGUUUUUUCUCGAUUCCAGGUUCUGCGUCAAGACCUCAGCAAAUGGAAAUUACGUUCCCGGGUGGCUCAUGAUGAUGAGAGAUCUCUUUUUAAUUUAAUAGUCCACUGGGCCCGUCGCAUUCAGUACUUAGUACGCAGGAUUCCCUCAACGCAUACCUCGCUGUCAUAG